AUGGAAAAACAGAGACAAAGACAGCCCUUUUAUGAAUCUCUCCUCUCCAACUUUGGACUCCUAGGAGAAAGCUAUCCUCCUAGUUUUCUGUUCUCCUUUGAGAGUCGAGAGGCCCGGGCCCCUCUGGGGCUGGUGGUGCUGGAGGGCUGCACGGUGGAACUGGCCGAGGCUCCCGUGCCGGAGGAGUUUGCCUUCACCAUCUGCUUCAACGCCCCCGGUGUGCGUCCAUACCUGCUUGCUGCUGAUGGACCGGCAGCCCAGGAGGCCUGGGUGAAGGUGCUGUCCCGGGCAAGCUUUGGCUACAUGCGCCUGGUGGUGCGUGAGCUGGAGAACCAGUUGCGUGAUGCCCGCCAGAGCCUGGCCUUGCAUCGCCACUCAUCCUGGAAGGCCGGUACAAGCUCCUGUAAGACCCAGCCUGCUGACCAGCUGUCUCGGAUCCUGGAGAACGGCCACACCCUCUCCAGGGAUUACAGCCCCAUGGGCGUGGUGGAAGCCGGGGGCAGCAGGCCAGCAUCAGGCUCUGUUCUCUUUGCUUUUUCUUGUAGUAUGAAUCUCUCCUCUCCAACUUUGGACUCCUAG